CAAAGCAGAAAAGACAUAGUUGCAGUGAAUCUAAUUACCAGUAUUUACAGUUCUAUCAAUCAAGUAACAUCCCCAGGCGUGUUUAUCUACCUAAUUAAGCACUUAUUUGAUUGAUUUGAAAAUUUUACAAUUAAGAUACAUGACACAUUUACUUUAAAUAUGUUUAAAUUAAUAGCAUGAGUUUGUGGCAUGAAAACAGUUUAAAUAACUUGUAUUGGUACCAUCCCCAUGGCUGAUUCCUCUCUCAUCCUUUUUCCCUUUCUCACCUCCCCCUCUCUUACAAUAAUUGCCCAUCUGGAAUAAAUCAAGUUGAUUGAAUUGAAUUCUGUCCCUCCCUAGAUGUUCCCCUGGUCAGCAGUGUUUUCUCUGGAGCCGAAGGUGCCUGGACAGCGUACGGCAGAAGAACUAGUCACCAACACUCUGAUGCUGGAGCUGGGUGCCAUGGUGAAGCGUACCGAACGUAUUCGUCUGGAGAGGGUGACAAAAGAGGGCCGGCGCCGGCGCAGCUCUUCCUCCGCUGACUACAGCUGGCUGGCCACUGCCCCCAGCCACCAACCGUACGAGCUGACCCCCCGAGACCUGAUAGACCUGCAGGACCUGUGUGCCAGGGUGCCACCGUCUCAGUGUGGCCCUGUCAUUGUUAGGUUCAGGAAUCUGGUGACGGAGAUCGAGCCGGAGGUUCAUGAGGUGGCUCGUCUGUUCCGCACGGUUCUCCGUGACUGUGUGGAGGGAGAAGAGGAGAAUGAGGAGAUGAGGAUGAGGUCAGCCAACUGGGACAAACAACGCAGCAAGAGCCUAUCUUUCGUAACCUUCCGCUCCAAGUUCCGCCCCGCUCCCUUCAGGGGCGGGGGCCUGGGCGGGUCACGCAGCAACCUGCAGGAGGAGUCGAGCUGGUACGAGGAGGACGAGGUAGAGCAGCAGGAGGGAGCAGCAAACGUGGCGAGAGCAGCCACGAAAGGGAGGAGUAUGAGCAUGCCUGAUAUCACCCCCAUCGAACAGAGUGCACUUGGCUGA